AGAUCGAAAGGAGCCUACGCCAGUCAUAAAGCGAACCCGUAUCAAGCCGCCAAUGAGAACGAAGAGAAGGUUGGCCCGGGCUAAUUACGCCCCGCCCCAGCAGCCAGCUGCGCAGCCUCCAGUCAGAGGAGGAAGAAGAGAGUUGUACUUGUGGAAGAUGAAGUUUGUUUUGGGAAUUCAUCCUAAUGCACUGGCAUAUUCCAUGACUACGUUAGGUGCUGGAAUGAUGAACAGUAUCUUUAAUUUCUACUACGUUAAGCUUUUCUUAAACCGAUACAAAAUUUCAGAAGUAGCAUUUCAUCAAGCACAGGUUGUAUUUAUGAUAUGGAAUGCCAUUAAUGAUCCUCUUUUUGGGUAUAUUCAAGAUAACUCCGAAUUCGCGUGCUGCUCAAGACGCCAGUUUUCAAUUUUAUAUGGAGCUCCUUUAUAUGCGUUAGCCUUUUUGCUUCCUUGGUUUCCUUGGAAACAUUAUGAAGAAGGUGACUGGCUAAGUGGACUUCAUCUCAUUGUUGCUUUAUGUGCUUUUGACGGUUUGCUUACAUUUGUGCUUCUAGCACAGUGUGCACUCUUUGCAGAAAUUUCAACAAGACAUGAAAGUAGGCUUCAGCUUAUUAAAUAUAACCAAGUAGCAACAUUAAUUGGAUCAACAAGCAUUCUCUUUUGUGGUCUCAUAUCAGAUAAUAUGGAAAAUUUUGCCUAUUUUCAGGCUUUCGCUGUUUUGGUCGCAGCAUUAGCAACAGCUUGUAUGUGCUACACAGGCAAAUAUAGUACUAGUCAAUAUGAGCAGAGAGAAAUUUAUACGGAGAAUGCUAAUCGGGAAAAUGGUGAUGGAGCUCUCUCCUGGUCCUCGGUAAUUUCAUUGACCAAACAGAUUAUGACAGAGAAAAACUUUUUAUUUUUUGUAACGAUGAACUUCUUCCAAGUCUUCCAUCUAGCCUUCUGCAACAAUUUUAUGAUGAUCUUUGCGGAUAAUCUUAUUCCUAAGGAUGUCCUUUCUUCCUCAAUAAGAAGUAUCAUGUAUGGAGCAGGCUUUAUUUGUCCUCAGUGCCUUGUUCUUCUCAGUCAUGCUUCGUUGAAGAAGUUUGGUUAUUACAGAAUCAUCUUGUUUUCCUUUUACUUUGAAGGAGUAGCUGCUGCUGUCAUGUUUGUUCUAGGGCCAGAACACUAUUAUCUGUUGGCAUUUUAUCUCACAACAAACAUGGUAAUUGUACAAGCUUCAUUUAGUUUGUUCAAUUUGCCUUUGGCAGAUAUUGUUGAUGCAGAUUUAAUAAAGCACAAGCGGAGAUCACCGCUUUCCUCUAUGGUUUUUGGUACUAAUGCUUUAUUUACCAAGCCUGCCCAAUCUUUGGCUCCAAUGCUUGUGGUUACAAUACUAAAUCAAUUUGGAUAUGAGAACCUGAAUAAUGAAGUUGCUCAACCUGAUCCAAGUUUGUUUUUAGGUCUUCAUGAUGCCAUGUUCUAUUUGAUCUGUCUGGUUCCACUUUGCAUUGCAGUCAUACAGAUCCUGACGUGGACUCCCUUUUCAAUCCAGAAUAGUCAUAUGAUAGCUGUACGCUAAAUAUGGAACAGCUGGUCAGUAAAUCUGCUGAACUGUACCACAAAAGAGGUAGUAUGUUUUAAAUGUGAAAAAGCAAAAUUGCAUUAAAUGGACUAUUAGACCAAACACAGUUUGAGCCGUUUCAAUAAAGUUGCAUUCUUCAGUCUAUAUAGACUAUAACAAAGAUCACAUUCAGCCUUAAUGCUGAGCCUACACAUUUUUUUGUAGUUCAGUUGUUUGCAUUUAAUGGGCUUUAUCCUUAAUUACUAAAUAAAGUCAUUUCUGGUAUAUACUGGUCACUGUUAACUCCUUUGAAGAAUGGAUACAGCAGAUCAGGUAAAGGAAUCCCAACCCAGCACCUGAAAUUCAAGGGAACUCUAUUUUCUUAACCUUACUGAAAGAUGGUGGAUUAAUUUUGCUAUACUGACAAAAUGGCAGAUCUCUGAAGUUAAUCUGGAAGACCCUGGUGGACAUCCCUCAUGGAUGGCAGAGUGAUGAAGAGAAAGAUUUAGAUGGUGUCUAGCUGACCAGUAUCAAGACAAAUCCAACAGCUACCACAGGAAGAGGCAAGAGUAAUUAACUACCCUGUAAAAGUCUGUGUAAGGCUAAAGAAGAAAAAGAUUAAAAUGCUGUUCAGUAAAGUGUUGCUGGAUAUGGAAAAAGCUAUAUAGGUCCUCCCUGGCUUUCCAAAUGUCUCUAGUUGGUGGUAGGUAGAUGCAGUUUUCUGGCUUUAAAUGGGAAAAUUAUUUGGAAUGUAGCAUAUUGUUAGUACUUCAUACGGAAUGUCAUUGUGGCAAGAAAAACAUUAGCGUAUGGAUGUAGUAGUGUUCAGUUAGUUGGACAAAUCUAAGCACACACAUACUGAAUCAAACUCUAGCUGCUUAGUACUGUUACAUUGGUAAACUCAUUUAUGUGCUGACAGUUGAAGUUAAUUUCUGAUUAAUCAAGUUGAAGUUAGUUAAUUUCCAAUUAAUUCUUGCCAAAAUCUUUUUGCUUAAGAUUUUAAAUGGAUCCUGUGAUUUUUAUAAAAUAAAGGGGUUUUGACAAAAUUUCAGAAACA